AUGACAUGUAAUCCUUCAUGGCCUGAAAUAGAACAGCUGUUGCUAAUGACUGAUGAAAUACAACAUAGACUCGAUUUGAUAAGUCGAGUAUUUAAAGCAAAAGUAGAAGAAUUAAAGUCAGAUAUUGUUAAAAUAAAAAUAUUUGGAAAAGUUGCUGCUUAUAUGUACACUAUAGAAUUUCAAAAAAGAGGUCUUCCACAUGCUCAUUUCCUUAUUAUACUUGAGGAUGAUUAUAAGCUAUUAACAACAGAGGCUUAUGACGAUCAUAUUAAAGUCGUUAAAUAUAUCUACAAAUACAUUUGCAAAGGUCAUGACAAAAUAAGUUUCAACCUCCAAAGUAAUGAAGCUAAUACAGAAAUUGAUGAAAUAAAAGAAUAUCGUACAGGUAGAUGGAUAUCACCACCAGAGGCUAUGUGGCGUAUGUUUGCCUUCCCUAUUAGUGAAAUGCAUCCAAAUGUCCCUGAGAAGCAAAUCCUAUUCCAAAAUCUCUUUUUAUAAGAUGAAGAGGACCAACAAAUUAGGGCUGCUGUGUAUGGAGAUGACAUUGCAUAUUAUGCGGACAAGUUAGUUCGCCUCAACACCUACCUGCUCUCAGCUGCACGGGUAAAGGAUUUGCCAAAAUCAUAUGGUUGGCCAAUACAUACAUUUUACUGGAUCCUUGAUAAGGAAUCAAUAGUCGAACGUAUCAACCACAAUGAUGAGAUUGAGAAGCCCUUGCCACCGCCGACUAAGCUAAAUCUCACACCUUUAGCCAAUGUUGCGCAGCUAACAACCACUCCCUCUGCAGAAAUUGAUAUUCUAGGAGUUGUUAUCCGUUGUGGCCCUGAGAAAUAUGCAGGUCGCACUCAAAAUAAGUGUCGAGAGACCACCAUAGCUGACGAUCAGAACACUCAGUUUCUCCUCACCUUAUGGGGUGACUUCAGCGUAAUUGAAGGGAUUGAACUACAGGCUAAAAUAGAAAAAGAAGAAUACCCAGUCAUCCUCGGAAGAAACAUAGGAAUUUCUUCUUAUCAAGGUUUAUCGUUGCAAACCAAAUUCAACACAACAAUACGCAUUGAUCCUUCUUAUCCACAGGCAGUAGAACUUCUCAGCUGGGUCAAAUCAAACAAAAGCAUCCUUUCAGGUUGGGCAUUGACUGCGCUUUCAAGCCGUGCAUCAGACAGCUUCUCCACGUCAUCCACCCCCCUCAUUGUUGGAAUUUUCAAUGUUGAGGCGACAAUGUCAAUAUCAGAUGAGUUCCAAAUGUUCUGCGUGCUAGAGUGCCCAGGUUGCAAAAAAAAACGCACAAAAGACGGGAAGCCAUUUGAUUGUCCAAAAUGUGUGCGAAAGAUGACAUUAGUGCCUCGGUGUAUGUUCCAAAUUCAGCUUACAGAUGCGACUGGCUCGACGACAACAUUGAUUUCUGAUGCACUUGGUGAAAAAAUACUCUCUAUGACAGCUGAGGAUAUAUUCAACACAACAUGUGUCAAGCUACAACUCCUCCGUCUUGACCAUAUCCAUCAAAUGUUGUCCAACAAAUUAUUCAACAUUCAGCUGAAGAAGUCAUCCCCCGGGAGCACUAAUGUUACUCGUACAAGCCUAACAAUUGUAUUGUUCACAGCAAAAGAGCUGGUGCUGCCACUGACUAUUGACCUGAGAAUUGCUAAGAAGGCCAGGCCACUUGCCGCAAGCGAGCAGGAAAUGGAAUCAACAAUAAUUGAAUCUGGAUCUUCAAGUGCACCACUAGCACUUGAACCGCUCACGCCAGCAAAAAAAUAAGAGGAUUAACAGUUACAGAUGACAGGAAUCACUCUCUCGGGAGGCCUAAUAGCCGAUCUAACAUUGCAUCGAGAGGCCCACCAGCCGAUCCAAUAUUGCAUUAAGAAUCCUAACAACUGAUCCAACAUUGCAUUGAGAAGUCCAACAGCUGAUCCCACAUUAUAUUGAAAAGCCCAAUAAUUGAUCCCAUAUUGCACCGAAAGGCCCAACAGUCGAUCCAACAUUGCAUCGAGAGGCCAACAGCCGAUCUAAUAUCAUAUCAAGAGGCCCAAUAGCCAAUCCAACAUUGCACCGAGAGGCCCUACAUUCGAUCCAAUCUCAUAUCGAGAGGCCCAACUGCCGACCCAAAAUUAUAUCGAGAAGUCCAAUAGCUGAUACAACAUCAUAUUGAGAAGCCUAACAACUGAUCCAACAUUACAUCGAAAGGUCCAAUAGCCGAUCCAAUAUUAUAUCGAGAAGCCCAACAACUGAUCCAACAUCAUAUCAAGAGGCCCAAUAACUGAUCUAAUAAUACAAUAGUUAAUAUUUUUUAACCUUCACAUUUACUUUAUGUUUAUGGAUUGCUUGUCGUUUACUUUCCCUAACCUUGUUAUCUAGUAUAUUGUAAAGAACACAGGUAAUAGAGAAUGAGUAAUAAACAGGAACAAUUGUCGUUCCUACUAUCAAAAUAUCACUCUAUUUAUACA